CCGCCCUUUGCUGCCAUAACUGGACGGCAGUCUGGGGAGAAAGAAGUGGAAUUUGGACUGAGCCAGCAGGAAGAGACGAGAGCGAGAGAAGAAGAAAUCUGAGAGUGCCAGCGGCCUGAGGUGUGGGGUUCAUGAUGAAGACUGUGGCGACUGUAAUCCUUGUGGUGCUUCAGUGGGCUUUUACCCUCGGCAGAGUAAGGUGGUGCACCAUAUCAGACCUGGAGCUGAGAAAGUGCAACGACAUGGCAAAUGCAUUUAGCCAAGCAGGCAUCCAGCCGGCCUUAUCCUGCAUAGCAGGGAUGUCCUCCAUUGACUGCAUUGAAAAGAUUGCCGCCAAAGAAGCAGAUGCUGUGACACUGAAUGGAGGAUCAGUGUAUGAGGCAGGGAAAAGAUACAACCUGAAACCAGUUGUGGGCGAGAAGUAUGAUGAAGAACCUGGUCUUUCCUACUAUGGUGUAGCAGUCAUUAGGAAAAGUAACAACAACUUCAACUUUAUCAACUUGAAAGGGAAGAAGUCUUGCCACACUGGCCUGGGCCGCACAGUAGGCUGGAAUGUACCCAUGGGCUACCUGAUCAGCAGUGGCAAAAUGUCAGUGAUGGGAUGUGAUGUUUUAAAAGGUGCAAGUGACUUUUUUGCCGCUAGCUGUGUCCCUGGUGCAAAUGUCGAUGGCUACCCACCUUCCCUCUGCCAGCUCUGCAUUGGUGAUGAAAGCGGAAACAACAAAUGCACAAAGAAUGCUGAAGAGAGAUAUUUCAACUACAGUGGGGCAUUCAGGUGUCUGGCCGAAGGAGCAGGAGAUGUUGCUUUUGUCAAACACACAACCGUCUUGGAAAACACCAACGGAGCAAAUUCUGAUCAAUGGGCGAAGAAUCUGCUGUCGCAGGAUUUUCAGCUUCUGUGUCCAAAUGGGUUGAGAGCAGAGAUUGGUGACUACAGGAGAUGCAACUUGGCCAAAGUUCCAUCACAGGCCAUUGUGAUUAGACCUGAUGCUAAUGGGGAAGACAUUUUCAAAAUGUUAAAUGAUGGCCAGAUGAAAUUUGGAAGGGACGGAAGUACUCACUUCAAGAUGUUUGACUCCUCUGCAUACUCUAGUAAAGAUCUCCUGUUCAAGGACACAACAACUGCCCUGAUUAAAAUUGAAAAACAGACCUAUGAGGCCUGGCUGGGGAAUGACUACCUGAAUGCCCUGUCAGCUUUAGACUGCAGUCCUGGAAGGGUCCCAGAAUACCUCCGCUGGUGUGUCCUGUCCACACAGGAGUUAUGGAAGUGUGCAGAUAUGGCCACCAACUUCUCCAGAAAAUCCUUAACACCAAAGAUUCAGUGUGUCUCUGGGAGCUCCACGACAGAUUGUCUGCAGAAAAUAAAGAACAAGGAGGCCGAUGCAAUCACACUGGAUGGCGGGUUUAUUUACAAGGCGGGAAAAAUGGAAGGACUUGUGCCAGCGGCUGCCGAGGCUUAUUCAGAUACAAAUGCAGGAAGUUCAUAUUUUGCUGUUGCUGUAGUGAAAAGAUCAGCUCAUGAUAGCUUCACCUUCAAUGAUCUUAAAGGGCGAAAAUCAUGUCACACUGGCUAUGGAAGAACAGCGGGAUGGAAUAUUCCAAUUAGCAUCCUUAUAGAAAAAGGGCUAAUAAGGGCCACAAGUUGUGAUUUAGCAAAAGCUGCUGGUGAAUUUUUCAGUGCCAGCUGUGUGCCAGGUGCCAAUAAACCAGGUUUUCCUGCCAGGCUGUGUGAACUUUGUGUCGGAGAUAAUACUGGAGCAGGCAAGUGCGAAAGCAGCAGUGUGGAGCGCUACUACAGCUACAGUGGAGCAUUCAGGUGCCUGGCAGAAGAUAAAGGAGAGGUGGCUUUUGUUAAGCAUUCAACUGUCCUUGACAACACUGAUGGUAAAAACACAGAAGCAUGGGCUGCAGGUUUGAAAUCCACAGAUUUCCAGCUCUUGUGUCCAAAUGGAGCACGUGCUGAGGUAACCAAUUAUGCAACAUGCAACCUGGCUCAAGUGCCUGCCCAUACAGUCAUGGUUCACCCCGACACAAGCAUCUACGCAAUAUAUGGGCUUCUGGAUAAAGCUCAGUUAUUUUUUGCAAAUGACAGUAAUCUUGGUGAAUUCAGAAUGUUCGAUUCCUCCAAAUAUGAGGCAUCAGAUUUAAUCUUCAAAGACUCAACACUUCACAUUGUGUCUGUGGAAGAAAAGAAAACCUAUGAGGCCUGGCUUGGACAAGGCUACAUGAGUUCGUUGGAAAGACUUGAAUGUGCAGGAAUAGCUGUUUCCUCUGUUCCAGUCAUCAUUGUUGCUGCUCUUAGCUUUCUCUUGUUGUGACCUGUAACCUACUGAGAGACUGACAGUGACACCAUGCCGUAAAGAUGAAAUGGGAAAGUCAAAGUUUCAGGAAAUCAGGGUUUUUAUUUUUUUCAAUAUCAUGGCUCUGUGGUAUAACUUUAUCUGAAUUUAAUAAAGUCAGGAGCUUUAUCACA